AUGGCUCAAGUCCUCGUUGUCUAUCCUUCCGGUCCUUCUUUCGACCUGGAUUAUUAUCUCACAAAGCACAUGCCUCUCGUCGCAUCCAAAUGGGGUUCCCACGGUCUCAAGAACUACAAGAUUCUUACCUUCCAGGAGGGUGCGCCCUUCCAGGUCCAGGCUACUCUUGAGUGGGAGAGCCUUGAGGUGUUUGAGAAGGCUGCUGCUAGCGAGGCGGCCGCUGCUGUCUUUGGCGAUAUCAAGAACUUCUACGAUGGAAACCCUGUGCUGCUGAAGGGGCCUGUUGUUGCUAGCGAGACUGUUGCGUCAUCACCCUUUGAUCUGACCAUUUGCCAGCGAAUCCAAAUUAUAAAGUCGAUUCUGGUGUCAAUUGGGACAGCUGAUGAUCUGGCGGACAUGGAACUCCGCGGCCGCCGAGUAUCGAGGAAACGUGUACAUAUCGAUAAUCUAAUGCGAUUCCGUGAGACAUUCCGUGGAACCAAGGUAUCUUGUCAGAAUUGA